AUGAACCACAACUUCCUAAAACUCAACAGCAAUAAAACGGAAAUUAUAAUCUUUGGCCCAAAAUCCAUCCUCCCCACCUCCCAGGAUUUCUCACUCUGCAUCGAUGGUCACUCUGUCACUCCCUCCCCCCUGGUCAGAAAUCUCGGCAUCAUCAUGGACCCCACACUCUCCUUCAAGUCACACAUCAGCCACGUCACCAAAACAUCUUUCUUCCACCUUCGCAACAUUGCACGCCUUCGCCCCACUCUCUCCUCCUCUGCCGCCAAAACACUCAUCCACGCCUUCAUCACCUCCAGACUCUACUAUUGCAAUAGCAUCCUGUAUGGCCUCCCCAUCCCUGUUCUUCAAAAACUGCAAUAUGUUCAAAACUCGGCUGCCCAAUUGCUCACUCACUCCCCCUCCAGAGAACACAUCACUCCCAUCCUCCGUCAACUUCACUGGCUUCCCUCCAGAGAACACAUCACUCCCAUCCUCCGUCAACUUCACUGGCUUCCCAUAAAACAGCGCAUCAAUUUCAAGAUCCUCCUCACCACCUACAAAGCCCUAAACAACCUUGCACCCUCAUACCUGACCGAUCUCCUCCAUCGCCAUUCCCCCACUCGCCGCCUUCCGCUCCUCCGAUGCCAACCUUCUCACCCCCAUCACCAAGACCAAGAUCCUGAGACUGUGCUGGGAGACACAGUGAACCUGCUCUGUCCACAUAGAUGCUGCAGCUUCCUGUUUUGGUCUGUUGUCACGCUGGUCGUCAUAUUAGUCAUCACCUCAGCUGUGGUCAUCAUCCUCCACCUGAACCACGUCCCUCUGCCCUUCAUCAGCAGGGGCAGGGGCUCCUCCUCCUCGCCGGUGAUCUCGACCAAUCCCAAAGAGUCUGGCCCCCUGGUGUCCGUCUCCCGUGUAGCAGACGGUGAGCCAAUCAGCAUCUUCCUGGACCCCAACUGUCCGGACUACAGCGAGAACUUCUUGCGUUGGGAGGCGCUGCAGACGUCCCUGCUACAGGCGUUGUCCAGUCACAAUGCAGAUGACUGGCAGGACACGGGACUGGUCGACAAGCUGGCCGAGGAGCUGAAGGUGUUGUCAGGCCACGCCCACAAUCUAAGGCUGGAAACUGAUUUUCUGAAAAGAGGCCAGAGCGUUCUGGACCAGCGACUGGACGGACUGCAGAGCGAGCAGAGUCGCGUCGUACAGGUGCUCUCUGACAGUCACUCAGGUGUGUUGAAGCUGGUCUCAGGUUUCAGUGAUUCUCUGCUCAGCCUUCAGAGGGAGACGGAGAGUCUGAGGAGACUCAACACAGAGCUGCACAAAGACUCCGCCCACACAGCUGUCAGACCCAGAGACUGCAGUGAUGUCAUGGCAUCUGGCAUCUCUGAGGACGGAGUUUAUUCUGUGUUUCCGACUCACGACCCCGACGGCUUCAUGGUUUACUGCGACAUGACGACUGAAAGAGGAGGCUGGACGGUGAUCCAGAGGAGGGAGGACGGCUCUGUGAAUUUUUUCAGAGACUGGGCAGCAUACCGAGAUGGCUUCGGAAAAACUACAGGAGAGCACUGGCUAGGUCUCCAGAGGAUCUACUCUCUGACCAGAUCAGGUGGUUAUGAGUUGCGGAUUGAUAUGGCCGACUUCGAUAAUGCCACAGCGUUCGCUCAUUAUGGUGAUUUCUCUGUUGGUCGGGAUUCUGUGAACCCCGAGGAGGAUGGAUACCCACUGACCGUGGACCAGUACUCAGGGACUGCAGGUGACUCCCUCCUGAAGCAUUCUGGGAUGCAGUUCACCACCAAAGACCGGGACCAGGACCAGUCAGAGAACAACUGUGCAGCGUACUACCAGGGGGCGUGGUGGUACCGUAACUGCCACACCUCUAACCUGAACGGGCAGUACCUGAGGGGAGGCCAUGCCUCCUACGCUGAUGGGGUGGAGUGGUCCAGCUGGACGGGCUGGCAGUACUCACUCAGGUUCACCGAGAUGAAGAUACGACCCAACACCAAACCAAACUCCUGAUUAUCAGAUCCUAAACCUGACCCCUACCCCUGACUCCUGACCCUUUAACCUGAACUAAACCUGACCCUUGACUUUUAAACCUGAACUAAACCUGACUCCUGACCCUUUAACCUGAACUAAACCUGACCCCUGACCCUUUAACCUGAACUAUACCUGACCCCUGACCCUUUAACCUGAGCUAAACCUAACCCAUUCCAACCUCUGACCCUGUAACGCCUGUGUACCUUACCUGAACACACCCUCUGACCCCUGACCUCUGACCUCAGUGGCGGCGUCAGGACCACCGGCCGUCAGUCUGUGUGUUUUCUAAGAUGUGAUCAUGUGUUCUUAUCUCCAAUAUCUGGCUGUGUGUUCUGAUCAAUAACUUUUCAUAUUGAUGAUGUCAGAGCUGAUGGAUCAAUAAACAGUUUCUGACCU